UCCAGCUCGAACGGACCAAUCAGGAGGCGUUGUUGUGGGAAUUUAAAGGUCUGUGCGGCUUCUCCCUCGCACAGCAGCUCGCUCUCCAGCUCGAGGUCGGUCCUGUUCUGAAACUAACUCGUCUCCAUCUUCACAUCAAACAUGGCCGAGAACGAUCGUCUCACCAGCUUCAAGAACAAAGGCAAAGAUGCCGGGGAGCUCCGUCGCAGGAGGGUGGAGGUGAACGUGGAGCUCCGCAAAGCCAAGAAGGAUGAUCAGAUGUUCAAGAGGAGGAACGUGGCCGCGUUCCCCGACGAGGCCACGUCUCCUCUGCAGGAGAGAACCAGCAACUGUCAGGCUUCCAUGCCGUGGACGGUUGAGGAGAUCAUCGCGGGAGUGAACAGCGGUAACGUUGAGACCCAGCUCCAGGCUACACAGGCUGCAAGGAAGCUUCUGUCCCGGGACAAGAACCCUCCCAUCAACCAGAUGAUCAGCGCCGGCCUGAUCCCCAAGUUCGUGGCGUUCCUGGGACUCGUGGACUGCCCCCCCAUCCAGUUCGAGGCGUCCUGGGCUCUGACCAACAUCGCCUCCGGGACCUCCGACCAGACGUCUGCCGUGGUGGAGGGCGGGGCCAUCCAGGCCUUCAUCAGCCUGGUCACGUCCACGCACCAGCACAUCAGCGAGCAGGCCGUCUGGGCCCUUGGAAACAUUGCUGGUGAUGGAUCCGCGUUCAGAGACCGGGUCAUCAAGCACGGAGCUGUGGCCCCUCUGCUCACUCUGGUGGCCGUCCCUGACCUCUCAGUAUUUAAUACCGGCUACGUGAGAAAUGUGACAUGGACGCUGUCGAACCUCUGUCGCAACAAGAACCCCUCUCCACCCAUGGCGGCCAUCCAGCAGAUCUUACCCGCUCUGGUCCGCCUGCUGCACCACGAUGACCGGGAGGUGCUGGCUGACGCGUGCUGGGCCCUCUCUUACCUCACCGACGGCUCCAACGACCGCAUCCAGGUGGUCGUCCAGACCGGCAUCAUCCCCCGGCUCGUGAAGCUGCUCGGCUUCGACGAGCUGGCCGUCAUUACCCCGUCGCUGCGCGCCAUCGGCAACAUCGUGACCGGCACAGAUGAGCAGACGCAGGCGGUGCUGGACUCCAACGCCCUGUCCAUGUUCCCCCGACUGCUGCGCCACAAGAGAGCCAACAUCCAGAAGGAGGCGGCCUGGACUCUGUCCAACAUCACCGCAGGGAGAGACACCCAGAUCCAGGAGGUCAUCGACUCGGGCAUCGUCCCGUACAUGGUUGAAACGCUUGCUAAGGGAGACUACAAAACUCAGAAAGAGGCCGUGUGGGCAAUUACCAACUUCACCAGCGGGGGCAAUGUCCAGCAGGUGGUUUAUCUGGUUCAGGCCAACGUGAUCGAGCCUCUCCUGAACCUGCUCUCCUCCAAGGACAGCAAAAUCGUCCUCGUCAUCUUGGAUGCCAUCACCAAUAUCUUCCUGGCCGGUGAUAAAAUCGGCGAGUCGGACAAGCUGAGUCUGAUGAUGGAGGAGUGCGGAGGACUGGACCGGAUUGAAGCGCUGCAGUCUCAUGAGAACGAGAUGGUUUACAAAGCAGCCCUCAACCUGAUUGAGAAGUACUUCUCUGCGGAGGACGAGGAGGUGGAGUCUGUGGCCCCAGAAGCCACCAGUGAUGGUUAUGCUUUCCAGAUCAGCGAGAGCCAGAGCACUUUCGAUUUCUAGGCGACUUUCUAUUCCCUCUUCCUUCUACUGUACCUUCACUACCACUGUUUGUCCUUUUGUAUGUUCUGUACAUACUCUUUUAACUUGACUGAAAAAAGAUGAUUGUAAAUAAAGUUGUCAGAUGAUG